AUGGGAGCAUUAUCACUCGUGCCCGCUAGCAUUCAGCAGAGAGAGAUUGUCUGUCUGGGCGAGUCCCUUAACGAUAGCCGUUGGGUGCUUCCAGAACCUGUCAAAAUCUCACUCAAUCACGAACUUCUUAACUUCAAAAUCGUAAGUUUCGAAGAAAGGUACUACACGCGUUUUUGCCAGAAUAUACAUUACAGCUUCAUUGAAAUUAAUGGUGAUAAAACACCCACUCCACAGUAUUUCAGAAAGUGCACUCUGCUACUCUCCAGAUUCCAGAGCAUCACUGCCCACCAACUUAAGAUCUCAAAUGUACGCGAUACUAACUACUAUUCCAACAAGUUUGAUUUAGCUACUUUCCAGCGCCACUCUUCCCCAGCCAUUACUUGGGCCCUUAAGGUCCGAAGGUUAGUGCUAGACAAUGUUGACAUACGGAUAAUUUACUGGAUGCUAGGCCACUACGAACUUGCUAUUCCUACCGAAAUACAUAUUAUAAACCAGAAGUUUGCCAAUCUUGCUAUUGCCCAAAUCCUAACUCAUCCUGCAUUUAAUAACAUCACUGCCCUCGUGCUCAAUGAGUUACUUACAUUAAAUGAAGUCAUACUAUUUGACCGACGAGAAGAGGUAAAGGAAUUCUUGCUGUUUAACUAUGUAGACGAAAAGCUGAAAG